AUGGGCACUCGAUUCAAAGGUGAUACCAAGGAUCCUGCAAUCAAUGUGACUGCCUGGUGUCUUUUGGUUGUGAUGAUUCUAAGCGUGUGCACCCGACUGGGCACCAAAUAUCGACUAAUUCAUGGCCUUGAUAUCGAUGACUUUCUCAUUGUAACUUCACUGUCGCUCGCAGCCGGCCAGACCAUUGUUGUAUCUUUGGCGGUGGGAUCAGGCUAUGGCAGCCAUUCAGGAGAGAUAUCCAGUCUUGAGGCAGUCCGAGUCAUGAAAAGCUUGUAUGCUGCAUUCCUUCUCUAUACGGCAAGCCUUUUUCUUUCCAAGAUGUCUUUUGUCAUCUUCAUCCGGCAGUUCACGCUAGGGGCUAAGGGCAAACGGUUGUCCCGAUGCAUCGAAAUGGCUCUAUAUGUCUGGGCUUUGACUCUUGCCUGGCGGUAUUUUGUGGUGAUAUCAAAUGUUGCGACCGAGGCACUCUUGAUUUCGCAAAUAAUUCCACUGGUCCUGACACUGCAGAUCAUCAAAUAUCGCCUUAUCGUGGCAAGUAUUUUCCUACCACGUCUCCUUGUGAUGACUGUAUCGAUAUGCGAGCUUUCUUUCCUCAAGAAAGCCACGCAGACACCUGAUCCCGCAUACGACACGUGCGACAUCACCAUCUUCGAACUGGCGAUCCAAUGCCUGGGUAUAGUGGCCGCGUGUUGGCCACAGCUGCAGCUUUUCUUUCCUGGGUGCAAUAUAGUGGCCUCAUAA